AUGUUUACCUUUUUCAUGUCCUUUAACUGCCGAUACUAUGAUGAAAAAUACAAGAAAAGCAAUGUAAAGGUGGGUAUUUACAUCAAUUCAUGCAAAAUGAGUGAACAAAAUGGGCUGGCAAACACUUCCACUUUAGCAGACCUUCCUGUGAAACGAAAACGUGGUCGCCCCCGUAAGGAUGAGGGCCUUGUUAAACAGGUGAACCCACACACAAAUGUUAAUCAGUAUGUUGAAGUCAAUCCAAGUGAUGGUAUUGAUGAUGACAUGGUGGGCCAGGUGGUUUCUGGGGUUAUUGAGGGUUCAUUUGAUGCUGGAUAUUUUCUUUCUGUCAAGGUUUGCACCACUGGAACUCUUCUUCGGGGCGUUGUUUUUCAGCCAGGGCUAUUUAUUCCUGUUACAGCAGCAAAUGAUAUUGCUCCACUUUCUAAGAUGUACAAAAGAAGAGAACAUUCUAUCCCAAUUUUCAGCCCACAAAGUCAGGGUAACGGUGUUAGUCCCCAUUCAGAACAAAUUAUCAAGCAGCCUACCCAGCCACGGAACCAGGUACCUAGCACUCCAGACCGAGUUUUGCUUUCUGCACUGCAGUCAAGUGCCAUUCCUCUGACCAAUAUGCCAAAGAAUGACUCAAGUGUUUCCUUGGGAGGGCAUGUCAUGCCACAGCGAAAUGAAGAAUUCGAAUUGGAGAACCAAUCUACUCCUUUACUUGAGAAUCUUAAAAUGGUAGAACAGGACGAUGUAAUGCAGGUAUUUGAAGUGUCAUCUUCGUCAGGACCUAAGGACAACUUAGAAGCAGCUAAAGAUGUAAUAUUUGAAAAAGCAGUGGAAGACGUUUUGCCUGGCAAGGUAACCAUUGAUCAGGAGCCUCAAGUUCAUAACCUGGCUAUGGAAUCGGGACCUCAACCUACUCAAUUGAUUCAAAAUAAAUUACAGAAAUCAACUCUUGUGCUUCACCAAACUCCUGCAGUUGCUAAACCUCAAUGUAUGCCUCUAGCACCUCAAUCUGUGGGACAUGGACUGGAGCAAACUGAGUUGACUAGCAAUGAACCGGAAAGCCAUAAAAGUGAGCCCCAUCAAACUCAAGUAGUCCCUAAAGUUAAAUCUGAGCCCCCAGGACCUCAAUUUGCGGAAAUGAAAUAUAAGCCUAGUGAGUUGGUUCACAAUGAAUUGAUAUACUCAAACCUUGAGGACCACCAAACUCAUGCAAUUUCUAAACUUCAAUUUAUGCCUCUAGAAUUGAUUGGCAAACCAUUGGACACUAUGAUGGAAAGGCAGAUUUCUAUGAAGAAUGAUAUAGAACAACAUAUAGAGUUGGAGCCUGUAACUAAGAUUUUAACGAAGGAUGAGACCUCUGAUGCUGACGAUAUUGAAGUAGGUUCACGGCUUGCACCAAAGGAAGAUGAAUCCAUUCCAUCUAAACCUGAGCUUGCUAGUGAAGAAUAUGUUCCCCUGGGAAAGAUCAAUCACCAAAGCUCUACUUCUUCUUGUCCAAUGACUGACAAAGAUGUUUUUCAAGAUACCAUUCUGCCAGCACAACUUCAUAGCCAUCCCAGCAAUCUGUCCGAAAUUGAACGUGGGUGA